GUCUGUCCUUUUGUUUUGUUGCUCGCUGGCGCUGACUGAGUUCUUUUUUAUAAACAGUUAAAAUACGCAUAGAACCAGCAAAGAAUCGCUCUAAUUAUUAUUUGUGUAAAUGCAGUUUUUAUUGGGAAUUUUCGUAUGUAGCGUAGCAGGAAAUUAGCAGGAGCCACUUCAUACAAAAGGCACUCGAACGGAAUUCCAAGGAUACUCGACUCGACACAGGACUACAGCAACAAAAACACAGCCGAACCAUGUCGGUGGCAGGUCUGCGACAGUGCCUGCUCCUAUGGAGCGUGGACUACUGGAACUUGGAAGUCAUGGCUGACAAUGUGUUCAAGUCGCAAGAUAUCGGGCUGCGCGCUCAAAAGAAAAUCCUCUCACGCAUGGCAACGAAAAACAUUGCCAAGACGUUCAUCGAUGGGACAACGGCCUCGCUGCUGGAUAACCUCUACAGGCUGUGCAAGCUGCAUACCGGCAACAAGGCCAAGGCGGAGAAGCUGAUCAAGAAUAUCAUCAAAAUAGUCAUCAAGAUUGGAGUGCUGCACCGGAACAACCAGUUCAGCGACGAGGAGCUGCGAAGGGCCGACAACUUUAAGCGCAAGUUCCAGAACACACAACUGUCCAUCAUAUCAUUCUACGAGGUUGACUACACUUUCGACCUGGCCUAUCUGCAAAAGUCGAUAGCGGAAUCGCAGGUGGCACUCAAGUCGAUUGUGCAGCCCCAUCUGACGGACAAGUCGCUGGGUCGCAUCGAUGAGGUGUUUGAUUUCUUUGGCGAUGCUACGCUUUUGGAGACGGCCUUCAAGCCGGACUCGCCCUACCGCGAGAUUAUGGGCAAGAUUGUGGCGGACAUCAAUUCCGCCAUGGAGACGGGCGACAUCUGAGCGAGGGGGCCACAGUCGGAGCUCUCAUUGCGUGCAUUGAAAGGCUACCUACCUAUCGAAAGAAACCAAAAACCAUUAAAACAGCAUGAGACACUAAUAGCUAGCUGGAACAUGGAAAUGCUUCGCUUGCAAGCUCACCCACCAACACCAAACACACAAAACUAGGUAUAGGACAGCGUUAGCGAUGCGACGAAAAGACAAAGACAUAUGUAUGUUUAGGCCAGAGUUUAGUUUAGUUUGGAUAGUGAUAUCAUUGACAACAACAAAUAUCAAAAGUGAACAAAACGUCCGUAUUGAUUUAUUUAAUGAAAAUGUUAACAUUUGUGUACUCAAACUCUAUCGUAACGUAACGUUUAAGAACUAACUACCAAUACGCAUUUUGCCAAAGGAAUUAACCAAACGGAAAUUGUAAACUCUAGCAAAAUGCUUGUAUCUGUAUCUGUGCGUGUGUGCAUCUGUGUAUCUUUAAGUGUAUGU